GACAGCCGAUAGAGGAAGAAGCCUCAGUGGGUGCAGUUCAUGUUAGCCUGAACGGAUCCGUUAGCAGCGCAGACAUCGCAGACUAGUGGACCUUUUCACUGUUAUUCAGCACACGUUUUAAAUCGACUAAAGCCGGAUUGAGGAGUUAUAAUCGAGGCUCUCCGACGACCGCUUCGCCACGAUGAGCUUCCUGUUUAGCAACCGCUCAAACAAGACCUUCAAGCCGAAGAAGAACAUCCCGGAGGGCUCCCACCAGUAUGAGCUGCUGAAGCACGCCGAGGCUACGCUGGGCAGCGGGAACCUGAGGCAGGCCGUCAUGCUGCCGGAGGGCGAGGAUCUCAACGAGUGGAUCGCUGUCAACACGGUGGAUUUUUUCAACCAGAUCAACAUGCUGUACGGCACAAUCACCGAGUUCUGCACCGAAACCAGCUGCUCUGUGAUGUCUGCAGGACCGAGGUAACAGCAACACGUCUCUUCUUCAGCUUUGAUG